AUGGCACCUGAUACAGCCAAGAUGGCUUUCAACAAGAGAGGCCCCAACAACUUUGCGCACUGGAAUAUGUUCCCCUUUAUGACGACACCGAAAACGAAGUACUUUCUCGGGCAGAAACAAUCGCCGCUGUUCCGACUCCCACGAGAAAUACGGGAUACCAUCUACGAUUAUUAUGCUCAGGGCCGACCACAGUAUGUGUACGACAAGGACACGGCAAAGCUACGUUACUCCGAUGCUUCAGCUCAGACUGAGGGCCUUGGUCUCAUGAUGACCUGCAAGAUCGCUGCAGACGAGAUGCAGCACGUCGCUUUCCAGAACAUCGAGUUUAGUACGCUUUGCUCCGUGGCCGAUGGCACAGAAUUCCAGCAACUCCGGUCAAGAGCCGCUCGAUUUUGCCAGAAGCUCGUUAUCCAGUCAUCGAAAACUGUCUCGAAGAACCUCUGA